UAUCCUCCCCACCCCUAACUGGUGGAGAAAGCUCUCUCUUGCCUUGAAAGUUUCUGUUUUGUUUUUAAGAGAAAAUGGAUUAAAAGUCCAUUCAUUGGACAAUCAACAGGGACCAGGACUUGUAAACCUGAUUCCUUUCAUUUUCUAGGAUAGUUCCAAAUACACAGUAAGUUGAAAGAAUAAUAGCUACUUCAACUGUGACUCCCACUGUCCGCACUCCCUUCCCUCCCCCCUAGACUGUCUGGGCUCCCACUUCACCUGGCUGCAGGCUGUCUUCACCAAUUUUCCUGUGCUGCUGCAAUUCGUGAAUGGGAUGAGGUGUGUGGCUGGUCUUUGCCCCCGGGACUUUGAAGACUAUGGCUGUGCCUGCCGGUUUGAGAUGGAAGGGCUGCCUGUGGAUGAGACCGACAGCUGCUGCUUUCAUCACCGGAGGUGUUAUGAGAAGGCUGCUGAGAUGGACUGUCUCCAAGACCCUGCUAAGCUCAGCACAAAUGUCAACUGCAUCACCAAGACGAUCACUUGUGCAUCCAAGGAUCCUUGCGAGCAACUUCUCUGCACCUGUGACAAGACGGCCAUCGAGUGCUUGGCUCAGUCUAGCAUCAAUGUUUCCCUGAACCUUCUAGAAACAUCUCUCUGCCUAGUUCAGCCUGCAGAGACAACUAGUGGCAAAAAGUUGAUGACACUUGAGCCUAAAGGAAUUCUACUAGAGCUUACAGACACCAAUCUGACGGCCCUCUCAGGAGAAGUGUUUGCUGAGACCAGCACUCACGGACAGAUCACAUUCUCCAGAACAAGUCAAGAAACAGACCAAGACCAGGAAGGUGCUGAAGUCACCAAGACCACACUCCUUCCAGGAUCAGCAGAGAUCAUGGCCACAGUUCCAGAAAUCUCCGCUGUUCCCACCAGCACUCAGUCUUUGGGGUUGGCAGUGUCUUCUGUCAAAAGUGGACCUGAGAAUACAGCUGGAAGAGCCUGUGACAGAUUCACCUUCCUGCAGCGAAGAAGGGGGGACAGCAUGCAAAGGAUGCCAAGACUUGGGGAGAUGCUCUUUUGCCUGACAUCCCAAUGCCCAGAGGAAUUUGAAUCUUACGGCUGUUACUGUGGGCAAGAAGGACGAGGUGAGCCCAGGGAUACUCUGGACAGGUGCUGUUUUUCCCACCACUGCUGCCUGGAGCAGGUGAGAAAAUUGGGCUGCCUGCUGGACAGGAUUCCUCCAUCACCAGUGGUGUGUGAGGGUCGCACCCCCAAGUGUGUGGGACUGAGCCUGUGUACGAAACUGCUUUGUGCCUGUGACGAGACGGCAGCCCAGUGCAUGGCCUCUGCCUUCUUCAAUCAAAGCCUCAAGUCAUCAGACCUACAAGAAUGCCAGGGCAGCCAGCUCUCCUGUGAGGACAGCAUGCAUGGGGGAGCUUCUGCUGCCUCCUUUGACUCCAGCUCUGAGGAGGUCAGUGAGGAAGACACACCCCACAUGGAGGGCCUGAAAAGAACCAGAAGAUUUGUGAGCAAGUCCCUUGGUCUCAAGGGGACCAGUCCACAGCAUGGUCCUGGGCAGAUCUUCAGAUAAGCACAGCCUGUACUUCUGUUCCUCCCCUUAC